GCCGUAGUUCGCUGAGCAAACAUGGCGUCGCUCACGAGCAAGAUGUUUCCUUCUGUAGGUCGAAUAAAUAUUGGUCGUUUGGGGCUUAAAUCGCCGAGCAGAGUCACGUACGUCACAAACCUGUCUUCAAAUGUUUCCUCGGAGAGAAAAGGUGUUCCAGAUGGAAAAGGCAGAGGAUCCUCGGAUAAAAAACCUCCAAGAAAAUCAGGGGAGCCCAGGACAGAAAAGAUGUCCGUGGAUCAGGACUGGACGGCGGUUUAUCCAGCAGCAGCGCCCUUCAAGGGAAACGCUGUCCCUCUUCCUGUGAGGAUGGGCCUGCCUGUGAACAGAGGGAUUCCUCCAAGAAAGGAGGGCAACUUGGAGCUGAUAAAGAUACCAAACUUUCUGCAUUUGACCCCACCAGCCAUCGAGAAACACUGCGAAGCUCUGAAACCUUUCUGUACAAAGUGGCCCUCAGCCUUGGACACUGAUGAAAAAUGUGACCAACUUUUCCCCAUUAAAGUGGAAAGCACAGACUAUGUUUCUGCUGGUCCUUCUGUCAGAAACCCUGCAGCUCGUGUUGUUCAUCUCAGAGUAAAGGUGUCCAGUCUGAACUUGGACGAUCACGCACGGAAGAAACUUCUCAAACUUGUUGGAGAGCGAUACUGCAAGGACACGGAUAUCCUCACCAUUAAAACCGACAGCUGCCCUCUGAGGCUUCAGAACUACGACUACGCCAUGUACCUGCUAACUGUUCUUUACCAAGAGUCUUGGAAAAUUGAGGCCUGGGAGGCUGAGAAGACCAGAGCGGACAUGGAGGAGUACAGCUGGGAGGACAGCCCGUCCCAAAAGAACCUCUUGGACACGCUGCUGCACGCGAAAGUGGCCGGCGACGGGGACGAGCAGGAAGUGAGGGAGCAGCUCCUGGGAAGAAAAGAGGUGCAGGAGUUUAAGGAGUCGGUGACGAGGCUGAAGAACGAAGGAGAUAACGAGAGCAGCUUGCAGCAGUACAAGGAGGCGGUGCAAAAAGUCCUGCACCUGUAAGAGAAGCAAAGAGCAACAAGUACUGUCAAAUACUUUCAAUAAAACCACUUGUGCUCUGGAAUUGUGUUUUAAUCUAAACUGUAUUAAGUAAAGACUGCUUAAGUACAUUGGAUCCUCAAAGAGCUCAACUAUGUAGCAGUACUUUUUCCAAAUGUCAUUCCAGGUUUUCUUUAUUACAAAAUAAAAGUAAGGACUACACGGUCGGCAGUGAGAAAAAUGU